CUUUGGCAGCAUAUGAAGAAUGACUCUGUUGAGAUCUCUCACAUCCUGUCAUUGAGUUACAAUGAUUUGUCGUUUGAGCUCAAGCAGUGCUUUCUAUACAUUGGCAUUUUCCAAGAAGAUCAUGUGAUCAACGCUGAAAAGUUGAUGUAUCUGUGGCUGGCGGAGGGAUUCAUACCAAGAAUUAGAGAAGAGCAUAUGGAGGGUAUUGCUGAAAACUUCCUAUAUGAGCUAAUAAGUCGAAGCUUGAUUCAAGUGGGGGUGACAUUCUUCGAUAAAAUUCUUACAUGUAGGAUACACGACCUACUUCGGGAUCUUGCAGUACAAAAGGCCAUUGAGGUUCACUUGUUUGACAUUUAUGAUCCAAGAGUAAACUCGGUCACUCCAUUUCGUCUCCGGCAUGCUAUUCAUGCGCAAACUCAAAGGUAUCUUUCACUUGAUGUUUCUAAGUUGAAGGUAAGAUCAAUAUUGUUCUUUGAUAAGGAAUUUAGGAUGUUGGACCACAGUAAAUGUCUAUGAUAUGCUGUACGACGUUCCCGCAUCUAUAUGUGCUGGACUUGGAGAACAUCCUUUUUGAUGGUAAUGAACUAACUAAUGCAAUAGGCAAUUUGGUACACCUCAAGUUCUUAGGCUUGUCUAACACCAAUGUUUUCAAACUCCCACCUUCCAUUGGCAAACUAAAAAGCCUACAAACACUGCAUGCAUUGAUAUUUGACAAUUGCUCAUGCAAACUACCUCCUCAGAUAGCCCAGCUCACAAAUUUGAGACAUUUAGUUUCUCGAUAUGAGGUUCCUUUGCAAGUUGACAAGCUGACAAAUCUACGAACUCUUAAAUAUAUUCGUUGUGAUCAGUGGAAAGAUACUGAUGCUUCUGGUUUAGUCAACCUUCAAGAAUUGGGCAUGGAAAAAAUUAUGAAAUCUUACUCCCUAAAAUCCAUUGGCAGUCUGAAAAGCCUCACCAUAUUGUUUCUAGCUUGCCAAUAUGGUGAAACUUUUCCAUCCCUUGAACCUCUUUCUUCUUGUGAAAACAUUCGCAGAUUGUGGUUAUCAGGGGGAAUAGAAGAAUUAGCUGAUUUAAACAAGCUGCCGAAAUCUAUCACUGUGUUAGUCCUACAGUCUGCAGGACUCGAGGAAGACCCAAUGCCAAUUCUGGGAAAAUUUCCAAACUUAAAGCAUCUUGAGUUAUCGCGGGCUUACAAGGGAAUGAAAAUUACUUGCAAGGGCAACAGUUUUGGUCAGCUGGAGACCCUAAGCUUGGUAAUCUUGAAAAACUAGAAAACUGGCAUCUUGACACAACUGCUAUGAGUUUGAUUAAAAGUUUGACUGUAUUUGAGUGUCCAAAGCUGAAGAAAAUUCCAGAAAGAAUGGAACAUAUUGCGGUGCUUGAUGGUAAUCAAAGCCAAAGCGAGUACUAUUAUCGGUUCCCAAAUUAACUAGUUAGGAACUUGCUGCAUAUCUGAAGCUUUUGAGG